AUGUGCCAGGCAAGAAACCCAGGUGUGAAUAUUAAUCUGAUUCUUGCCCUGGCUGACAGCCUGCUGCUGUGUGUGCUGCAGGAACCUCUGCCAGACCCCAAUGUGCCCCACAUUCAGGCUCUUCUCUCCAGACUGGAGUCAGUGUCUCACACACUGGAGGUGACUGAUGUGGGAUCAGAGGUGGGACUGGAUGAGGUGGACCAAAGCUCUGUAGUGACAGAGAAACUGAAACUCCUCCACACCUACCUGCAGCAGAGGAGAGUGUCCCUGCGCACUCUUGUCCGGGUGCAGGGGGACUUUGAGGCCAGUGUGAAGAACAUGCUGCAGGGCUUAGAUGACCUCUGGGCUCAGCUGGAGGAGCUGCAUACUGGGGUGACACUCUUCAAACAGGAGACCCAAGGCCACAGAGAUCCGGCCUCUGCUCAGAGAGACACACAGAAUUUGUUGUCGGUCUUGGGUGACUACAGGAGCAAACUUCAGUCUUGUCAGGUUCAUUUGAAGGGCAGCACACAACUACUGCAGGAGUUAACCUGGAGUCACGCCCACAUGAGCAACAGCGUGAACAGCAGCAGUGAGUCAGUUUGGCCAGAGCUCUUGCUUCAGUCGAAUAUUGAGCAGUUUGACAAGGUGCAGGAGAAUUUCACCUCUCUGGAACAACAGAUCUCUACCUUCCAGGCCCACCUGGAGGGACUCGGAAAACAAAAUCAGGAAAAACAUGCCGGGCCCCUCACUCAUGCUGACGGGCCACAUUUACACUCG